AUGCCUGCUGUCCCUUCCUACGCCCCCAGGGGCCAAGCCACCCGUGGCCAAAGCCGCCAUCGCCCACAACGGGUGCCAGUGUUCCGCAACGACAACUGGCCACCCCGUCCCCCGGCCCAGCCACUCCCUGCGCCGUCGUUCCUGGGCAGUCCGGACUCUGACACCCUGUUGCGUGCGCUCCCGACACCCUCGUUCGUCACGCCCCCCGAGGACAUCCCCCCGAAGCCCGCGGCGCCCAGCAAGGCCAUCAUUGCCGCAAGCGCCGUCCCCCUUGCUGACUGGUUCGCCGAUGUCGUAUGGGCCCUGUACCUCGGCCCCGUCCAGUCUGCCGCCACCGGCACCAACUCGGGUCUCGCCGGCGCGGACAAGGCUCCUCAGCCACUCGUCGCAUUUGUUCAUGCCGUGCUUAGUCAGACCCUCGCAAGCCCCCAAUGCGCCGCCCUCGGUCUCUACUACCUAGUUCGCCUCCCCGUGCGCAUUGGGUCGGCUGCGGUGAGGUCGGCGGCUCCCCUCUGGAACGUGGCACUCGAUGCCGACGGCCACACGGCUUACACUAGCGUCCAGGACCGUGAACGUGCGGCCCGCGCAGGGUUUGUCGCCGAGUUGUACGGCCCUGGCGGCGAAGAUGUGCCUUAUCGGCUUGCGGCGCUGGCGCUCAUGCUUGGCAACAAGUGGUUGGAUGAUCACACUUUUACGAACAAGACUUGGCACGAAGUAACCCACCUUUCACUCGCGCGUCUCACCGCUCUCGAGCAACGCGCGCUCGAAUGUUUCAACUACUCCCUCGGCGUGCCUAAUGACGAAUGGCGCGCCUGGCUCGGAGUCCUCAAGGAAGGCGCUCAGGGCUCGCUCGCUCUCGUUCCUUCCUCGACCAUGAGCACUCUUGCAAUCCAAGUCAUGGAAAGACUCGAAAAGGAAGAGGAAGUUCUGAGCGGAGGCGUUGGAGCGGGUGUCGUCGACGUCAUGUCUACUACUACUAUUACUUCUACUACUACUGCAGGAGGGAAAGGUGUCAUUGGAGAUCGAAGAGGAAGCGUCUCUUCUACCACCGCAACCCAGCCAUCCCUCGCCAUCUCGAUCCCUUCUAAUCCCCCCGUCGUGGCUCCAGCCAGCGCUACCGAAAUGGAGCUCGACGAACUCGAGAUGGAGCAGGUCGAGAUUGAUAUCGACCUCGAUGACGGUGGUCCUGUCCCCGAUGAACUUCGGCGGCCCGUCAAGGUUCGGCUCGGAGCGGCUGGGGAGGUCCGGGAGAAGGACAUGUGGGCGAGGGGAAAGGAUGCGUGGGACGAGAUGGAGCGGAAGGAUUCGUUGGUUGAGAGAGGUGCUUGGGGAAAGGCCGUUGGGAAGGAGUCGAGCUGGAAGGCGAGCAAGGAAGCCAGUUGGGGAAAGACGUCGUGGGGAACCAAGCACAAGGAGACCUGGGACUUUAUGGACGAAGAUCAGGACGAAUGGGAGCGUGCGAUUCGGGCAGCCGGACUUAUGGACGACCAACACGAUUUGAGCGCGAGGUCCGGUCCCAAGCCUGUCGGCAGCGAAAUUCGCAAUCCCAAGCCCGUUGGCAGCGAAAUUCGGAACCGCGCCGUUCGUCCCCGCGUCGAGCUCUAUGAUUCACGGAUGCAUGGACACGGACGUGGGUACGCGUACCCUGAUUAUUCGAGUGCCUAUCAUUAUGGCCGCGAGUACCCCGAUUAUUCUGCUGCGUACAAGGGUGAUAAUCCGGUCGGCUACAAGGGCUACGACACGAUCGGCAAGGGCACGUACGAGUAUCCCGCUAAAGGUGUCUAUUACCCUUCGUACGAAGCUGUCCCGCACGACGUGUAUGAGCCCGGAUGUGUCUACGAAUCCAGACCCCAGGCGUACAAUUACGGGUGCCCGCGCCAGGUCAACGUCAGUGUUCCGAGCUGGGUCAAGUCGAGUGGAUGUGUGUUGGGUUGA